AGUUAUAAGAAGGAGCAAUCUGAAACGGGUCGUUUUGAGAUACGUUAAAAGGCGUUGGUGUCGUGUCUACUUAAUUUCCAACGUGUCGAGUGAAUUCCAUCAGGGACAUAAAACGUGUAGAAGAUUGUAGUAAAGCUUUCUAAAAGAAGUUCUGUAUGCUGUGAUUUAUCACUCAGGGGGCCAAACUACGCGCAACAACGGACAACCCCACAGGACCGGGGGGUGCUUCUCGUGUCUCGGGAGGAAGGUCAGGGUCUACAAAAGUUACGCCUUGACAGUAACAAUCAUACACGCGAGCUGCUUAAAAUUACACCGAAAAAAAAAAAAAAAUCAAAACAAAAAAACAAUCCUUCGUGUUGCAUUGUUGUUUGUAACACCGAGACUAAAAAAAUUCGAUGCCUUCCAGGGACGAUAUUCGCUCCCUAUCCACUGAGCAACGCUGGAUACCUCCUUCGACUGUUAGACGCGAUGCACUCACCCCAGAAAGCAGAAAUGAUCUCAUCUUUAGAAAGGUGCGGGGUAUUCUUAACAAACUUACACCGGAAAAGUUCGCAAAGCUGAGCAACGAUCUGCUCAAUUUUGAGCUCAACUCCAAUGUAAUUCUCAAAGGUGUCAUAUUCUUGAUCUUUGAAAAAGCACUUGAUGAGCCCAAGUACAGUUCUAUGUAUGCACAGCUGUGCAAACGGCUGUCCGACGAAGCUGCAAACUUUGAACCUCGAAAAUCGAUCAUUGAAGGUCAAAAAGCUCAAAGUACAUUCAGAUUACUCUUACUUAACAAGUGCCAGGACGAGUUUGAAAAUCGUUCGAAAGCAAGCGAGGCAUUCGAAAAUCAGGAUGAACUUAGCCCAUUGGAUGAACAUCGCCGGCAGAUCGCCAAGCGCAAGAUGCUUGGCCAUAUCAAGUUUAUCGGAGAACUUGGUAAACUCGGCAUCGUGUCGGAAUGUAUUUUACACAACUGCAUCCAAGAAUUGCUGCAAAAGAAAAGGCGAAGGGGAUCCGGGGGGUACAACGCUGAGGAUAUCGAAUACCUUUGCCAGAUUAUGCGUACCUGCGGCCGUAUCCUUGACUCGGAUAAAGGCCGCAGACUUAUGGAUCAAUAUUUCACACGUAUGAACCUCUUGGCAGAGAGCGGAGAUCUUCCUUUACGCAUUAAAUUUAUGCUGCGUGAUGUCAUUGAACUGCGCCGUGAUAAUUGGGCACCACGUAAGGCCACUACCACCGAGGGUCCGAUGCCUAUAAAUCAAAUCCGCAAUGAUAACGAAGAAACUUCGAGGGGUAAUGGCUUCCAUAGACGAGAGGAUCGCCUCGGAGCUGAGUUCUUAAGAAAGAUGGGUCGUGGCGGAUUAGAAAUGGACAUGGUGGGAAGUAUUCCUCUAACUUCCCCUUCCUUUGGCAUGCCGUCUCCAUUCAGUCCGAAUGGAUUCUCUACUACUCCCGGAGUUGGUUAUGGUCGUCAUAAUCAACGUAAUCAACCAGGAUUUUACCAGAACCAGAACCGUCACCCAAAUAACUUCCAAGGAAAACACAAUCAGCAACAGCAUAAUUCAUCUCAGAAUUUCAAUAAUAAUAGUACUAAGGAACUUCGCUUUAAUAAAAACAAAAUGCUACUUGGACAUCCUGAGGAAGUGUCCCUGAGACCUUCGGCCAAUUCUAUGAUGUUUAAGCAAACCAACAUCAAUCCUAAUCUACCAUUGAACAGCGAUUUGUUCCCAGGACGAACUUCGGAUCUACCACUAUUGCGUACUGCCACAUUGAAACCCAGUUCGCCUUUAUUACAUAAAGAAGCGCCUCCUUCGAUUAUAAUUAAACAGGGACCUUUAGAUAAAAGAGAAAAAGCUCGUGAAAAGAAGGAUAAAGGUCCUUCCAAGGAAGAAAUCUUAAAGAAGGUCAAUGCCUUGAUGGAUGAUCUUGCUAAUCAUACUAAUAUUCAGGAUGCUAUAACAGCCUUCAAAGAUCUGAAGAUACCGGAAAGAUUUUUGCGUCAUGCUAUUUGUACUAUAUAUUCGAAUACAUUGGAUCGCGGUGACUCCGAACGAGAUCUAGCAGCCAAGCUUGUAUUCGAAUUAAAAAAAGAAACUAUUAUUAAUGCACAACAAUUACACGAAGGCUGGAAGGAAUUGGUGGCCAGUAUACCAGAAAAAGAGAGCGUGCCUUGUGUAACAUCUCAUGUUGCUCUGCUAACAGCCAAGGCCAUAGUGGACAAUCUAAUACUGUUAACAGAUCUUACUUCUGUAACAGAAAAUGGCCAAUAUCAUCCACUGUUUUUACUGACGCUUCAACAACUACAUCGUACUCAAGGAAAAGCAAAACUCUUGCAAAUUUUCAACAGCAGUAAAGUUAAUUUGAUCAGUCAGUUACCGGAAGCAGACAAAACGAAAGAAAGACUAGGAGAGAUUCUCGAGGAUCGAGAAUUAACAUUCUUGUGUCCACUUCUAAGGAUCCAAGGAGAUAUGUGGCGUCAAAUACAAACGGACCCAACUCCAAACGCACUUUACAAAUGGAUUAAGGAAAAAUUAGAUCCGUUGCAUUACUGCGAUGCCGCGUUCAUUAACGCACUAAUGAAUGUCCUUCUUAAAUACAUAACUCAGGAAACAACAUUGGCACCUGGUGUCGACAAAACUCAGUUUCCUGACAAAGAUUUGGUACAAAAGGAACGUACGUUGUUGCGUAAAUAUGCUGGCUUUCUUGACACAUUCCUUCACGCCCUUGAGUCGCAAGUUACAGCUCUCCAUGCAUUACAAGUCUUUUGCUAUUCGCAAAACUUUCCUAAAGGGAUGCUGAGAAGAUGGUUUGUGGCACUUUACGAUUUUGGAAUCAUCGAAGAAGAUGCCUACAGUAAAUGGAGAGAAGACGUCACUGAUGCUUAUCCUGGCAAGGGUGAAGCAUUGUUCCAGGUAUACCGUUGGUUGCUCUGGCUCGAUAAUGCAGAUUCCGAAGAAGAGGAACAUGAAAAUGAUGAAAGGAAUUAAAUAAGCGAAGGCCCUGAGAAAAAAAAAUGUUUUUUCAGACACCUAUAAUUUGGAAUAGGGUUUAUAUUAUAUCUAUAUUACUGAACCACAAAAGGGGCUUCAGUUUCACUGAAUUGAGUUAUCUCCACUCAGUACUAUCACGACAUCUUGUUAGUCUGUCGAGUCUCUCGUAUAAAAAAAAAAAGGCUUUCUAGACCAUGUCCAUCAUUUUUUUUUUGGAUAUGUGACAGCCUUUGAGAUAAUUAUGGCAGACCCCGUAAAACAAGAAGUUAUAGAAGAUUUUAGAUAAUUGCAUAUUAAUAUGAUUUAUAUUAAUAUUGGGUCAGCAGACAUCAUUAAACGCCGUUUUGGUUACCGGCGUAUAAAUGAAAUGAAAAAAUGAAUUGAAAUGAAA